CCGCUUGGCUUACUCAAGCCUCUACCCAUUCCUGCUGGCCCAGGGCAGAGUAUCUCCAUGGACUUCAUGGAUACUCUAGUGGCCAGCAAAAAUGGCAAGAGGCACAUCUUCGUCAUAGUGGAUAGGUUCACUAAGUACGCUAGACUAAUUGCCAUGUCGGAGACUGCCAGGACUGAGCACGCCAUUAAGUUGUUCAUGGACAACUGGGUGCGUGACUUUGGACUGUCGAAGACAAUCGUUAGUGACAGGGAUGUGCGUUUCACAAGUGAGAUGUGGAAGAAGGCCGCUGAACAGAUGCGCAACCAGCUUCAGAUGACUUCUGGGAAUUAUCCCGAAGCAAAUGGGCAGGCUGAACAGAUGAACCGUGUGGUGCAGCAUCUGCUGAGGCAUUACAUCAACCCCAGCCAGGACGACUGGGAUGAGAAAUUACCUCUCAUCGCCAGCCUGUACAAUAGUGUUGUACACAAGACCGCCGACGCCAGUCCUAAUCAACUGCAUCUGGGAUGGAAGCCCAGAUCUGCUCUAGACUUCCUCCUGCCUGAAAACCGAACUGCUGCAACUCUUGGAACCAUUGAAUUUGGUGUCCAGUAUGAGAAAUUGUUGCAGCAGACUGUCGAACACAUCAAGAAAUCUCAGGUAGCCAUGAUUGCUUCUGAGAACAAGCAUCGCCGACAGUCCACAUUUCAGGUAGGGGAACGUGUCUGGGUCACUAAAGACUUUGACACGGAUCUUGCUGAGAGGAAAUAUCCAGUGCGGUACUUGGAGUGCACCAAUGUGGUGAUGUGUCAGGAACUUGUGCGGUACAACCGACUGUUGGCGGUUGUUCGACAGUCCUUGACCGACAUGGUCCGGGCAGUCAAAGGGGAAUUCCUGAUGUCUGAGGAAUUUGAAUCCUUGGCUGGGUCAAUAUUCAACAGUCAUGUGCCGAAAUCAUGGAUGGCCAAGUCCUACCCCUCCUGCAAGCCCCUGGGUGCCUACUUCUCAGAUCUCAUCCAACGGCUCCAAUACUUCAAAGAUUGGCUGGAUCGAGGACCACCCAUCCGGGCGCUGAGAAGCCAUAGCCAGGCUUGCUCAGCUGAGGCUGGUGAUGGUGAUGGUGGUCCUUGGGUGUCGGGGAUGCACACUGUGGGAAGUCAAAGGGUGAUGUGAGAGGAGAGAGAACGUACCUGGUGUAUGCUGGCGGUCUGCAUUGGUGAUGACGUCACGUACAUUGGUCUUCGACUUCGAUGUUCGUAAUGGAGGCAAUAGCGGCCUUUCUAUGAAAAGUCCCCUCGAUAGACAGGCUCGUCCUCUACGGAACCGACAGAUCUAUCUCCUUCCCCACGGUCAUGCUAUUCACGGAUGAUCUAAUGGUCGUAAUCAGAGCCACAUACUCAUCCUUUACGCCUUGACAAGAACGAUGCAAGCAUUCCAGUUAGCCUCAGAAAUGAAGAUCGACUGGAACAAAAUGGUGGGUUGGUG